UGUCUACUAACGCUAGCGGCUGCCCCAACACGGUUGCUUCCAGGGUUGGAUUUGGAAUCACCUUUCGAUGGCUCCAGCAGAAAGUCCCAAGCACCCUUAGCGCAGCACAACCCCACAUUGAGAUAUUUCUGGCAUCGGUCGGGUAUUCUUGGCUUCAUUCCAGACGGGAGAUUGGAGAGCGGAGAGCGCCUCUGAUGCACGGUUAACAUCGAAUUUGUGGCAUUGGCCAGAUGGAUGUGGUCUGGCAUGUCCAGGCACUUCCCGCAUCAUGUUUAAUCUCCAAUACUCGUUGCCCGCGGAUCGCAGACGAUUGCAAGUGUAUAGCUGAGUCUAGUCUUUAACCACGCACCCCCUGACUGGAUCAUAUAGAGCUGCAGCAGGUUGACAAAUUCUCUGCCAGCUCCCCCGCUAUCUUGCCAAUGAUCUGACGUCAAUUGCCGAAACUAAGGAAAAAAUAUAUGAUCAUAAUGGCUGGCUAUUUUUACACUCGAUCCCACCCACGCAUCAUAGAAACCUUAGCCAAUUAGGGUUAUCGUCGUGGUUGCUGGGUUAGAAAAGGUGGGAAAGUUAAUGUGAUCGAGGGAGGGUUUCGGUGGUGAGGGGCAGCAGGCAAGGAAGGGCUGAACAAAUAUAAAAACCCAGCGCCAUCCUACCCCUUUUUGCAAUUCUCUUUCCAUCUUAACACACACGGCCCUUUGACAUCCUUUCGAUUUCGCAGCUCUUCCAGCCCCAGCUUACAUCAAAGCCCGAUCUAUUUUCACUUGUAUCAUAGCAAAGUCAACAAACAAAACCACUGCCAAAAUGUCGACUUUUAAGGGACGCUGCCACUGUGGCCAGACCGAGUUCACUGUUAAGAUGGAGACUCCCAGCCAUAUUCUUUGCCACUGCGACGCUUGCAAAGUCAUCAACGGCAGCGACUAUACUCUCAAUCAGAUCGUUCCCAAGGAGGAUUUCGAACUCACCAAGGGCACUCUAGGCUCAUAUACCUACACCGGUGAUUCCGGAAACCCUGUCCACUGCUACUUCUGCCCCAACUGCACAACCCACAUCUACCACCACCAGACUGUCGCAGGGCCCAAAUACGUCAUCCGCACUGCCGGACUGGAGGGUUACAAGGAUUGGCCAGUGGGUGCAGAGAUCUACGCGAAGAACAACAUCAAGUGGCAGCCCGCGGUUGCUGAUGCCGACAAGGUCUUCCAGCUAACUCCUCCGUCUUAAAUCUUGAGAAUCACUCACGUAAUGAGUUUGUGUGGGAAGGGGGGAGGAAGGGGGGGUCGCGAGGAAAAGACUUGGUAUUAGGAAAUUGGGGACUAUGAUGGAUGCGUGAUUUUGAAAUUGACAAAAUUUUCGGGACCAUUUUGUUUUCUUUUCCAAAAUUUGUCCCUUCCUUCCGCGUAAUUUAAUAGUUUACGCACCUUUGCUCCCUUUUACCGGGGGCUUCCUCCGCUCCAUCUUCGUGCUGGAAUGGGCUAGUUAGUCGUGAUGAUCGCAGAUCAUGAUAAUCCGAAUUUAUGAGGGCUUUUGAUUUCCAGUAUCAUCCUUUAUACACAUUCUCUGUAUCCCGGAUAUCGAACUGAAAAAAAAAAAACUUCCGAAGCCUUCCAAGAGCAAUAAAUACAUUAUCCAGUUCGUAUAUAUGAAAGCUAGCGCUGACCCCAAUUCCACAUCCACAUCUACAUACCUCCAAAAUCCAAAAUCCAAUCCAAGAUGCGUCCCACCUAUCCAGAACUAACCGGUGGAAUAAUCGCAACCUCUUCCCCAGGUCCAAUGAUCCGAACCUUCUUCUCCUGCUGCUCCCCACCACCAGCACCACCUUCUUCUCCCCCAUCCGCCUUCGUCACAGCGCCAUCGCCAUCACCAUUACCAUCAGCAUGAACAUCAACAUACUCCAACCCCACACUAACCGCACAGCUAACAAGGACCUUCUCUUUAAUACCCGGAUACCGCGACUCGAGCAGAUCAAAGAGUUUGAACAGCGGGAGCGGCGCGGGGAGGGAUUCUGUAUGUUUCUUUGUGUAGGCGGAGGCGAUGGAGAAGUAGUGGAUUUGGAAGGUUUGGGGGCUCAUUGUUUGUUGUUCGUUGGGGCUUUUUUUUAAUUUUUUUCUUGCGCGUUUCGUCUGCGGGGGAUGGUUGGCUAUGUGAGUAAGUAAAACUGGUUAAU